GGUUCGCAAGGCGUAGAGCCGGAACUCCAAUCGUUCCUGUUGGAUGACAAGUCCAAGAUGAAAGAAGUACCACCGCAAACCAAACGGAAAUCUAGCAAAAAUCAAGAAAAAAGCGAAGUCGCAAAUCUCAAUGGCAUCGAAUACUUCGAUCCAUUCCUCGAGAGAAACUUGGAACACCCGACCACCAACGGCGAGACUCUGACUCAUUUGCUCAAAGCGUCUCUGGGAACCGGGAUUCUGGCCAUGCCUCAAGCUUUCCAGUGUUCAGGACUUAUAACUGGCAUAUUCGCAACAGUGUUCGUGUCGUUCGUGUGCACGUUUUGUUCGUACUCACUGGUGAAAUGCGCCCACACGCUCUAUAGGCGGACCAGAGUGACGGCCAUGGGCUACGCGGACGUGGCCGAAGUGGCGUUCGCCAACGGACCAGCUUGGUCGCGAAAGUUCUCGUCGCUCACCCGGCAAUUGGUACUCUGGCUGCUGUUCGUCACGUACUUCGGGACUUGCAGCGUGUACACGGUGAUCAUCGCCUCCAACUUCGAACAGCUGUUCGCCCACCACAUGGGCUACGCGUUGAACCUCCGAUACUUCAUCGCCAUGCUGCUCUUGCCGCUCAUACUGCUCAGCUACGUGCCCAAUCUCAAGUACUUGGCGCCCGUGUCCAUGGUCGCCAACCUGUUGAUGUCCGUCGGUCUGGGCGUCACGUUCUAUUACACGCUCAACGACAUACCCAGCAUUUCGGACAGGCCGGCCGUGGGGUCCUUGGAAACGUUCCCGACGUUCUUCUGCCUCACCGUGUUUGCCAUGGAAGCCAUCGGAGUGGUGAUGCCGUUGGAGAACAACAUGAAAACGCCCAGAAAAUUUUUGGGAGUUUUCGGCGUGCUGAACGUCGGCAUGGGUGGCGUGACGGUCGUAUACAUUCUUCUCGGUUUCCUCGGUUUCUUGAAGUACGGUGAUGAGACGAAAUCCAGUAUAACGCUAAACCUUCCCACCGAAGACGCUGCCGCUCAAGUGGCCAAAAUAUGCAUCAGCUUAGCAGUGUUCUGCACAUACGGUCUACAGUUUUUCGUUUGUUUGGAAAUCGCGUGGACCAAAAUCCAGGAAAACUUUGAAAAAGCUACAAUCUACCACAAUUACGUCUUGAGAACGGUUCUGGUGACUUUGUCUGUGGCGAUCGCGGUGGCCGUGCCCACAAUCGGACCGUUCAUCGGACUCAUCGGCGCCUUCUGUUUUUCGCUGCUCGGCAUCAUCGCGCCGAUGAUCAUCGAGUUCGCCACGUACUGGGACCAGGUGACCGUCUGGAUGACCAUCCGGAACGCGGUGCUGAUCUCCGUCGGCAUCCUGGCGCUGGUCUUCGGCACGUCCAACAGCGUGGCCGACAUCAUCACCGCGUACGUGCCCGUCCCCGAGCUGCCCAUCAACGCCACGGGGACGCGCACGGCCGCCCAAUGA